AAAAAUCUUACUUUUGCUAUAGGUAAAGAAUAGAGCUGUGUCUCUGCAACUCUUUGGGUUAUUAAUGGGGUCUCUUCUCCUGCAAUAUACAUCCUCCUCCUUUUUGUGGCCUGUUUCUGUCAGCCCAGAAACCAGCUCCAACCUCGGCGAUCCUUGGCAUCUCUUGCGACUUUUUAAAAAUUUCAUCAAAGAGCGCCGAGUGCGAGAGAGGACGGGAUCAAAGCGAGGCAGGGGGCCGGAUGAAAGGGCCGCGCGGUCCCCUUGAGGUUGCGGGGUUCCUGUGAUCCUGCGCGCGAGGAAGAGGAGAUUCGGCAGCCAAAGCUCAAAAUCCCCUCAGAAAAGAGUGGGCGAGGAGAUGGGCAAGGCAUGCAGCGAAGAAGAGGGUUUCUCAGUUUGGGGAAGGUGGGUAUUGCUCAUCUACUCGGUCCUGGGUUCAAUCCUCACCACCCCCAGGGAUUUAUUAAAUAUGUAUUUUACUUUUAGGUACGGCCUGGGCGUCAGCGCCUAUCAUUCGUUCUACGGUUGGGGUUUGCAGCACGGGCCAUUUGCUUGAUCCUUUUGCAUGAGAGAUCCCAGGAUUUGAACCCAUGACUUCCAGCUUGCAAGCAAUGGCAAAAUCCAGUGACUUGAAGAUCCAUCACUGGUUUAUGGGUCCAGCCCUCCAGAUGCCUUCUCUUGAGUUUGGACUGCAACCCAAAGUGGAUGAACCGCCACCAGCAGCAUUGAUGGAUUUCCCCCUAGAAGUCGGAGCGGUCUGGCACCCACUUACCCCGCAUUUGUGCAAGCUACAGAUGCAUAAAGUCGCAAAGCAAGGGUUGUGAUGUCGGUCCUCGGCUGCCUUCAUCGACAGAAACAGAGGUCAUCUAGACCCAAAUGGAUCUUGUGCCCAUCUUCAAAACAACCUCUUACCUUGAAGGUUCGAAAAACGAAACGUACGCAUGUGGAUUCAUUCCAUGCCUUGCUAAGGAAUGCUGAGAAAAGGUUCCACACGCUGGAGAGCGACUGCAAGAUCCCCUUCCUUUCCAUGCAAGAAGGUAUGGAGACGGGAACGACGACAGCCAGGCCACAAAGAACAACACAACUCAGAGGAGUGGGUCUGUGCAGCGGAGAUGUUCUAUGCACUCUUGGCUUCCAGUCUGUGGCAGGUUUUUAAAAAACGAGCCAGGGCAGAAGAGAGCAGCCUUCCGGAAGCCGUUGCAACCCAUUCGCUGUAUUAAAUGAAGAGGACCGCCGCUCGGGUUUCGUGGCGCGUGGGAUGGUUGCCCCGGAAGGAGACCGAGGUCUUUCCUCUCAGGAGCCCAACAGACUAGGCAGCUCUGAGGCCCACCAUGCGGAGCAAACGGUGCCCCCCACCCCAGAGGAGCUGGAGCGCGAUGCCCCCUUCGUCACCACCGCCCCCACCUUGAAGCUCCUCAACCACCACCCUUUGCUGGAGAACUUCCUCCACGCAACUCUCCUGAAGAAGGACUACCUGCCCCAGCUCCCGUUAACGGUGGCUGGCCUCUCCGGACCCGGGCCCGUUCUCCCGGAUGCCAACCUCGCAUUGUCCCCCACAAACAAACCAGAUGGGCAGGCCACCUCCACAAGCCCCGCAGCCUCUGCGACGGAUGCCCCCACGACUCCAGGGGUCAGGAAAAGUGAAGGGCAGGAUGCGGAGAGGACCCCAGAGAUGGCCAAGCCGGCUUUGACCACUGACUUGCUGACCACGGCCAUGGGGCGACUAGUGCCAUGGGCAACACAGGACCAAGACAGUCCCAAAUUUGGACACACACAGCCACCCAUCCAGCACACCCUGGGCAUCCGAGAAGGCCUCGUGGAUUCGGAUACGGGGACCCCUGCAACAUUAUUGGGGGAUUCACCAACCAUGCCAACAAGGCAACCAAAAGCAUCCACCAACGGUGUGGUCCUAACAAAUGAGGAUGAGGAGAGGGCGACCUCCACCACCACCACCAUCAUCACCACCACAGUCAUCACCAGCAUCCCAGCUGCAGGUCCUUGCAGCUGGAACCUCACCGGGCCGAAGGGGUCGCUGGCGUCUCCGCUGCCAUCCGGCAUCCCAUACGAAGGAGGGACCCUGGAGUGCACUUACACCAUCACUGUCUACCCUGGUUACGGGGUGGAGAUCCGGGUCCAGAACAUCAGCCUGGCAGAAGGCGAGACGAUCGCUGUAGAGACGCUUGGAGGCCUGGAACCCAUCGCUCUGGCCAAUGAGUCCUUCCUGAUGCGCGGGCAAGUCAUCCGCGGUCCGACGAACCAGGUGGUGGUGCGGUUCCAAAGUCCGUCACCCGCCAAUCCGGGAACCUUCAACUUCCGCUUUGAAGCCUACCUGUUGAACUGCAUCUUCCCCAACCGGCCGGCCUACGGAGAUAUUUCGGUCACCAGCGUCCACCCCGGGGGCCAUGCCUGCUUCUCUUGUGCCACCGGAUACCAACUGGUCGGCCAGCAUUGCCUGACUUGCCUCAAUGCCACACACCCCUUUUGGAGUGCCAAGGAGCCAAGCUGCGUGGCGGCUUGCGGCGGGGUGAUCCGAAAUGCCACGACGGGACGGAUUGUGUCUCCAGGGUUCCCCGCCAACUACAGCAACAACCUGACCUGCCAUUGGCUUCUCGAGGCGCCCUUCGGACAACGGCUGCACCUCCAUUUUGAAAAGGUCUCCUUGGCCGAGGAUGAUGACCGGUUAAUAAUCCGAAAUGGGAACAAUAUUGAAUCUCCGCCGGUGUAUGAUUCCUACGAGGUCGAAUACUUGCCCAUCGAGGGCCUGAUCAGCAGCGCACGAGGGUUUUUUAUCGAGUUGACCACGGAUAGCAGCGGCGUGGCUGCAGGCAUGGCAUUGCGCUAUGAGGCCUUUGAACCCGGGCACUGCUACGAGCCGUUCGUCAAGUAUGGGAACUUCACCACCAGCGACGCAACCUACGCUGUGGGCACCACUGUGGAGUUUGCCUGCGAGGCUGGCUACACCUUGGAGCAGGGCUCCAUGAUCAUCGAAUGCGUGGACCCCACCAACCCCCAGUGGAACGAGACAGAGCCGGCCUGCCGAGCGGUGUGCAGUGGAGAGAUCACGGACGCGGCUGGCGUGGUUUUGUCCCCGAACUGGCCAGAACCAUAUGGAAAAGGUCAAGACUGCAUCUGGGGGCUUCAUGUGGAGGAAGACAAGCGCAUCAUGCUGGACAUCCAAGUGUUGCGACUUGGCAAGGGCGACGUGUUGACUUUCUACGACGGGGACGACCUGACGGCGCACAUCCUGGGCCAAUAUUCGGGUCCCCACCGGCGGUUCAAGCUGUACACCUCCAUGGCGGACGUCACCAUCCAGUUCCAGUCCGACCCCGGAAGCAGCGGACUCGGUUACCAGCACGGUUUUAUCAUCCAUUUUGCCGAGGUCCCUCGCAACGACACUUGUCCGGAGCUCCCCGAAAUCCCCAACGGCUGGAAAACCACAUCCCACCCGGAGCUGAUCCACGGCACGGUGGUCACGUACCACUGCUACCCCGGCUAUGAGUUGGUGGGCACCGAAUUGCUGAUGUGCCACUGGGACCUGAUGUGGAGCGGAGACCUGCCGUCCUGCCAAAGAGUGACCGCUUGCAGGGAUCCGGGAGACGUAGACCACAGCCGGCGCGUCGUAUCAGCCGACAAGUUCUCGGUGGGCUCCACGGUCCGGUUCGUCUGCAACAAGGGAUACGUUUUGGCAGGGAGCGCCGAAAUUCUCUGCCAUGACCGGCAAGCUGGGGGUCCCAAAUGGAGCGACCGUCUGCCCAAAUGCAUCCCCGAGGUCUAUGGGCCUUGCCACAAUCCGGGAAACCCCGAUCAUGGGAGCCAGAACCCCGAAAAACGGGUCUACCAGGCCGGGGCCACGGUGCGGUUCUCCUGUGCCAAGGGCUACAUGCUGCUGGGCGACACCAGCCUGCGAUGCGUCCCUGGGCACCCCUCGCAGUGGAGCGGCUCUCCUCCCAUCUGCAAAGCCACUUCCUACGACGAGUUUUACACCAACCGCAACCUGGAUGCCGUGGCAAAAGUGGCACCAGCCGGGGACCCCUUGCAAGGCACCAACGUGGCCUUUGCCAUCUUCCUUCCAGUGGCCGCCGUGGGGCUUCUUCUGGGGGCUGUGUACCUCUUCAUCUCCAGGCAUCAAGGGAAGACUUCGCUGCCGUUGCCCAGGUCGGCCUCACCCCCUUAUGACCACAUUGCGGUCGACUCGGCCUUCGACAACCCAACCUAUGAGACCGGAGCUUUUUUCUCUGCAGGACAUGCGGGAGUAUGAAGUCUCCAUUUAGGGCAGGAUUCGCCCUCGAAGCCAAGCGGGGAACCGGAGGGGCAGGACCCCCUUCCCCCAAACCAUCACAUUCCUUUCCUGAAAGACUGACCAAUGGACUGACCAAUGGCUGGACACUGGGGGCAAACAGGACUUGUACAUACCUCCCGGACCCAAGACGAGACCUCGGCCGACCAGAGAAAUCCCAGGACUCCUUCCCAGCUUGCCUGCCGCCCGCCUCCCCACUUUUUCUCCUCCUUUUCCUGGCCAAAGGCCCCACCAUCACCCUCCUUGGUCUCAGGCCCUACCCCUGGCAUCGGGGUGAUGCCAGUUCAAGGCUGAUGCCAGUCCCUGAGGUGUUCUAUAUGGUCCUUGGUGGCUCUCAUUGAGCCUUUUGGCCCCAGGCCCAAGCGCAUUUGCCCACAGCUUCUCAUGCAACAGAGGCACCCAGGCCAUAGGUCCCUUUUCGGAGUCGGCUAAACCGAGGUCCCAUAGUUCCUCCUUUUGGGGGGAUGAUGGGAGAGGGGACCUCUGACCUAGCCUACUUGGCUUCCGUUGAGUCAAAAGAUGGAUGCGCCGGCGUCACAAGGACUGGACGAGAAGCCCAAUCCGGUCAAUACAUAGCCCUGCCUUUCCCUCUACCUGAAGCUGUACCUUCCUCCAACAUUUCGCCCCGGGUUCAAGACAGUAAAGUUACGAAUUCGGAACAAGCUGCGGCGGUUUGCUUUUGCCCGAUCUGACUGGGAAACUGAGUAGACGGAGUCCGAACACGGCUUUUGCAAAGGGCAAAGGCAUUGCGGAGCCGUUUUCGGGCAAGAAGCCCCCUCUGCCGACCCUUUUGGGGACGAGCCAGACUCCCUUCUCUAUGAGAAGCGGCCGCUUCGCUGGGACUUUGGGGAGGGGCAUCGAGGGGGGGCCUUUUUACCUGUAGAGUGUAAAAUAGCGUUUUCAAAGGGAUUAAAAUGCUGAAGCGUUUGGCCCAUUUAAGGGGGGGCAGA